AUGACGUCCGUCCGUCUGCGCCCCCCCCCCCUCCGGCCCGCUCCCCUCCCCCCGAACCAGUUCCCGUCCAAGUCGCGUAGCUCACCGCCACCUCUACUCUAUCUAGUUUACACCGAGACACUGCACCGCACUGCCCUCGGUUACCUGUCGAAUCAUCUCGUUAGGCCGCAUUCUGUCCGCCGCAAAGGCUUUUGCACGCCGCCCGAUUGCUCCGUAGACCACCCGCGGCCGAUUCCUCCAACCUCCGAACUAGGGCGCGUACACCGUACCGCGUCGUUAAUAAGGAUAUCGAGCGGCGGCCCGUAUAGUUUUCCCCGUAGCGCCUCAACACGCGGAUGUGAUCGUUGGGGUCAACGGUUCUCCUUGAUGGGGUGUUCACCUCGACGACCUCAUGCUCGGCACGACCACGCCACGAAAAUAAAACCACCGGCGACUGUCCAGAGCCUCGUCAGGAGCGAUCGCUCCGUCAGCACUGUCGAGACAAAGGAGCAAAAGAGACUUUAUAUUAAUUGGGUUGCCAAGAAGAAAAUAACGGAUGUU